GGGAACGCGAAAAUUACUUUCCAAUAUUUUUCCUAUCCCCUUUCCCAGUGUACCAAAAAAAAAGAAUAUUUUUCCUAUCCCUGCCAACGGAUACUUGUGGUUGACAAGACGAUAGCUUCGCCUCCUGUCCAGAAAAGGGCUCUCACAGAGAGCUUCUUCAAUGGCUACUGUGGGCUUCAAUCCCACCAAAAUCAGAACAACCCCAUCAUUCCAACCUCACAAACCCAUCUCCACCUUCUUCACUUCCUUCUCGUCAAAACCCACCAAAAAACUCCCCCUCAACCUCUCCCAAUCCUCCGCCAAAUCACCACCCUCCCUCCGCCCUCUCCGCGGCGGUUCCAUAUCCGAAAGCUCCGUUUCGGCACCUUUACAAGAAGAACCAGGGACAGUUGAUGAUGAAGAAAAAGAAAAAGAAGGAGAUGAAGAUGAAGAUGAAGAUGAAGAUAAUGACGACCCAACCGCAGAGCUGUGCUAUCUGGACCCAGAAGCCGAUCCAGAGACCAUUACUGAGUGGGAAAUGGAUUUCUGCUCCAGACCCAUUCUUGAUAUCAGAGGAAAGAAGAUCUGGGAGCUGGUGGUUUGCGAUAGGUCUCUCUCUCUCCAGUUCACCAAGUACUUUCCCAAUAAUGUCAUCAACAGUAUCACUUUAAAAGACGCUAUAGUGUCCAUCACUGACGAGUUGGGUGUGCCUUUGCCGGAUAAAAUCCGCUUCUUCAGGUCACAAAUGCAGACAAUCAUUACAAAAGCAUGUAAAGAGCUUGGAAUUAAACCUAUUCCAAGUAAACGGUGUCUAUCACUACUUCUGUGGCUGGAAGAUCGGUACGAAACUGUAUAUAUACGUCAUCCUGGCUUUCAAAAAGGAGCGAAACCGCUUCUGGCACUAGAUAACCCGUUUCCUAUGCAACUUCCUGAAAAUUUGUUCGGUGACAAAUGGGCUUUUGUCCAGUUACCUUUUUCAGUUGUUCAGCAGGAGGCCUCUUCCUUAGAGACAAAGUAUGUCUUUGGUGCAAAUAUAGACUUGGAUCUUUUGGGGAUUGAAAUUGAUGCCGACACAUUGAUUCCUGGAUUGGCUGUUGCAUCUUCACGUGCUAAACCAUUAGCAGGUUGGAUGAAUGGAUUAGAAGUCUGUUCGAUGGAAGCAGAUGCGGCUCGAGCCUCCUUGAUUUUAUCAGUUGGAAUUUCCACACGAUAUGUUUAUGCCACGUAUAAGAAAACCCCAGUAACAACUAGUGAAGCUGAAGCUUGGGAAGCUGCAAAGAAGGCCUGUGGAGGCUUACAUUUUCUUGCCAUCCAAAACGAUUUGGAUUCGGACCAUUGCGAAGGAUUUUGGCUUCUAUUAGACUUGCCACCUCCACCUGUAUAAACGUAGUGUAAGUAAUAACAAUUUCAACAAGGUUCCACCCCCUCCCCUUUUUUUUGGCCAAUUUGGAUUGCGCUUCAUAUUUCGGAAAUUGAGGUUGGAAUUUUUGUUUAUUUGGCAAAUAAAUAUGCUAGCACUUAACAGAA